CACGGGGGGCGCGGCGCCGGCGGCAGCCAGCACGCGGCGGGCCUCGGGACUGCUUGCUGCCCGGCGGCCCGGUGGGCGAGCGGCGGCGGCGGCGGCUGGCUGCCCCCGUGAGCCGAGCCAUCGGAGACUGCAUGGAGAUCCUGCAGAGGAAACCGGCCAGGUGACCAGGGACCCGUAUCCGCCGGCUCCUGGUGACCAGUCAUCUUCGCUAAGGCAAUGGCGAGGUCCAAAAUGAGAAAUAAAUUCCUGUCGCUGACUGCAAGGUGAAAAGGAAGCAGGCGACAGACCGAGGGCUGCUGAGCAGAAGAUGGACCCCUGUGAAGACCUGGAAAGGUCCGGCCGUGAAUGUCUGGACUCCAGGGGGACUGAGCCUCUGGAACUUGAAAGAGUGCAGGCCUGGGCCUCGGAGGCCCUGGGGAGAGGACAGGAGGAGAUGUGCAGCCAGAAGUUCCAACUGCAGAGCCUACAGGUGGAGAGCAGCAACAGUGAACAGCAAGAUAGAAACAGAGUUUCUGAAGAACUUGUAAUGCUUGUGCAAGAAAUGAAAAAAUACUUCCCAUCAGGGAGACACAGUAAGCCAAGCACUGUCGAUGCCCUCAACUAUGCCCUUCGCUGCGUGCACAGAGUACAAGCAAGCAGUGGGUUUUCCCAGACCCUCAGUCAGAGUGGAGCACCUCAAGCAGCUGCGAUCACCUACAGUCUCGAGGAGCUGGGAAUGGCUACCUCGGGCUACCCUUCCAAAAACACAGAUACCUUUGUGGCAGUUUUUUCCUUUCUGUCUGGAAGGCUAGUGCACAUUUCUGAACAGGCUGCUUCAAUCCUGAAUUGUAAGAAAGAUUUCUUGGAGUCGUCUCACUUCGUGGAACUGCUCGCUCCCCAAGAUGUGAGGGUUUUCUGCGCACACACUGCCCACGCUCGCCUCCCCCUCUGGAACAGCUGGGCCCAAAGAGCAUCUCAGUACGACUCCACUCCGGUGAAGUCCUUUUUCUGCAGGAUCCGGGGAGGCCUAGACACAGAGCAAGAGAAGCAUUACUGCCCAGUCCAGAUUAUCCCCUAUCUGCUGCAUGUACGUAGCUCUGCCCAGCUGGAAUCUGAGCCCUGCUGUCUCAUCCUGGUGGAGAAGAUUCACUCUGGUUAUGAAGCUUCUCGAAUCCCAGUGGAUAAAAGAAUUUUUACCACAACACACACCCCAGGAUGUGUCUUUCUUGAAAUAGAUGAAAGAGCAGUGCCUUUGCUGGGUUAUCUACCUCAGGAUCUAAUGGGAACAUCCGUUUUAGCUUAUCUGCAUCCAGAAGAUCGUUCUCUCAUGCUCACUGUACACCAAAAAGUCUUGAAGUAUGCAGGCCACCCUCCCUUUGAACACUCACCCAUCCGAUUUUGUACCCAAAAUGGAGAUUAUGUCAUCUUGGACUCCAGCUGGUCCAGCUUUGUGAACCCAUGGAGCCGGAAGGUGUCUUUCAUCAUUGGUCGGCAUAAAGUUCAAACGAGUCCGCUGAAUGAGGAUGUUUUUGCUACCAGAAAAAGGAAGACAAACAGUCAUGACAAAGACAUAACAGAACUGCAAGAACAAAUUCACAAACUUCUCUUACAGUUGCCUCCGCAGCCGGCGUACGCCAGUGGAAACAAAACUACGACUCUGGGACAGCAGCUCUCGGCCAAGCCCCCAGAUACGCGGGUGACAGGGACGCGCCCGGGACGGCUUGGCGAUGAGCAGAAGGCCUCAUCUACCUUCCAGACAUUAAAAAACAAUAGUAUGCCCCUGGAGUCUUAUGAAGAUUGGAGAAAAGACCAGCAUAACCCAUCGCACCAGCAAAUAAACUGCAUUGACAGUGUUAUCAGAUACCUGAAGAGCUACAACAUUCCAGCUUUGAAAAGAAAGUGCAUAUCCUGUACCAAUACAACCUCUUCAUCCUCUGAAAAAGACAGACACAACCACAAGGCAAAUGAUGCUGAAGACUUGCAUGUGGUGUCUCAGAUCCCAGCCAUAGCCAACCUGGAAAUGCCGACCACCGGGCGGCCCGCACUCGCUGUAGGAGGUACUCCGAGGACCCUGGCCCCCACGGCGCUUAGCCUGGGCUCUGGCCUGAACCAGUGCAGCUACCGCAGCACGCUCAUUCCUGCCCCACCACCAGAGACAGGAGACUCCGCUUCCAAGCAGGCCGGGUCAGCUGGCUGCAAGAAGGGGAAGCCCGGGCAGAAGAAGCCGUCGGGGCCGUGGAACAGCAGGGACGCCCAGGACAUCUGUCCCCGCUUGGGAGGAGACGGCCAGAACAGGCAGCCCUGGAGCCCUUCCUUCGCCUCCAGCCUUCCCUUCCCGGCUGCCUUGCUGGCUCCCGACCUGGCUCCUUACCUCGUCCCAGCCCUGCCUUCUGUGGGAAGAGAUCAUGCAGUGUCCCUGACCGCGCUCCAUCGGCUGCCUAAGGCCACCUUAUGGAAUGACUUGCAGACUUUUCCUGCGCUCCCUUCUCCUUCUUUACAUACUGUGAUGACCAUUUUCUUGCCUGAUCCCCAUGGCUGUCCCCUGUUGUCACCAUCCUUCUGCCCAUAUGAUUUCCUGGGAACAGCGGGCUCUUCUGGAACGCCGGCCUCACUAUCUGCCGUUGCUCCACACCUGGAGCCACUGUCCUCUGUCCCCAGCCGGAGGUGGGCAGAGGGAAAAUGGGAGAUGCGGUGUGGAGAGCACCCCUGCGUUAACUCAAGGAGCAGCUCACCGCUACAGCUAAACUUACUGCAGGCAGACAUGCUUGGAUCCUGUGAAUCAGAUCAGACGAGAAGGGAUAUUUGUCCGGAAGCAAAGUCUCGCGUCUCGGGCAGUCGUGGGGAGAGCAGCGGUUUUGCCGCGGGUGAGCUGUCCAGGGCACUGCUCCGCGAGGAGCCGCCAUCUGGAACGGGUUCUGCGGCAUCAGGAAGUAGGGACAGUAGUGUGGACUUCGCUAGUACUGAUUGUCCUGAAACCACCUCCAACGGGCAGCAGUCUGAGGACGCACAGGAAGAGGAAACAUUUCCUGGUUUAGCUGACGAGGCCAUGUGGAGAAGGAGAAAGCAAACUCCUGAGCGCGUUCUCAUGACGUACCAGGUACCUGAGACGGUGACAGAGGCUGUACUGAGAGAGGACCUGGAGAAGCUGGCGGGCCUGCGGGGGCGGCAGCCCAGGUUCUUAUGUGGCCAGAGGGAGGAGCUGGCCAAGGUGCACUCUUGGAUUCAGAGCCAGACUGUCCCUCAAGGAAUAGACAUCCAAGUAAGCACCGUGACAACAGCUGUGCUGUAUGAUGUCUCUCUGUGCCAGGCAGUGCCUGAGGCACUUAAUAUGCAUUGCACCAUCCCACUGAAAAUUACAGUCCUCACAGAUGCUUCUACCUUACAAACGAGCAACAAAGUAACGUGUACAGAUGUUAAAUAAUUUAUUUACGGUCACACAGCCCCCCUGAUUUUGAACGCCGGUCUUUGGAGUGCAAGUGUGCUUCCUGGUUGGAAUGCUGCAGGGCCCCUGCUUUGAAGUAUGGCUGACGGGGAGGCGAGGAGUAAGAGAUGCGCGUUUCAGAUACGCAGGCGUGUUUGAACGGAGAUCAAACUCAAGAUGCGGGAUCCACAUUGGAGGGAGUAUUCAUAGCUAGCAGGAUUUUCCAUGAGGCCCGGGGGCUUUGGCUGUUAACGAGAUCUUCUUAGUGAGAGCGCAUGCGAGUGGGCUGGCAAUGGAGCUCUGGUUUGCCCGUGGCCCCUGUGGUGGCUCUGUGGAACCUUUGUGACACUUGUACCAGGAAUGAGGCCUUUAUUCCCUCAAGUGUCAACUUGUGGAUGUGACAAUGUGUGACAAUGUGGGGAGUUACAAACGAUAGCAAGAGAAGAAAGCUGGGUGUUCAGAACCGUGUGGUGUCAAGGCUGCGGAAGUAAACAGGUGCCGGGAUCCCCUCCCUCCUUUGUAAAGAACAGAGCGCGUUCCCGCAGCCGGCGUCUGGUUAGAUGUGGCUUUCCCGAAAAGCAGGAGCUGCGCCCGCUCCUCGUUUCAAGUGUCUUCGUUCUUAAAACUCUAUUUUUAUGCUUUUUGAAUAGGAGAGUAAACGAAUGAGCCCCGAAGUGAUUUAAGCAACAACUGUGGAAACAAUUGUCCUCUUCCUUCUCACAACAAUUAGGAAUGAACUGUCACAUGGGCUCCUCUCAGACACACAGUGGAUAAACUGGGGACUAGACGUAAGGUACCUGGCCAGCAUUUUACUGAUUCAGUCCUUCCAGAUGACAUUUCGUCAUGCUGCCCACUCUUGUUCUUUCUCGGAGGGCUGUGUCACUUGCGAAAGCCAGGACUCCCCGGGCGACACCGCGGAACCCUGUGGUCAAGCUCCAGCAGCAAACAGCGGAUGA